UUUUCAGGCAUAAAAUGUCCAGUUUGUUCUAAAUUUAUAUCAUCAGAAGAGAUAGAAUGUCAUCUAGUGAUGUGUUUAACAAAGCCUAGAAUUAGUUAUAAUGAAGAUGUAUUGAAUGAAGAUAAAGGGGAAUGUGUAAUAUGUUUUGAAGAUUUAGUUCAAGGUGAUACAAUAGCUAGAUUGCCCUGUCUGUGUAUAUAUCAUAAAGGAUGUAUUGAUAAAUGGUUUGAAGUGAACAGAUCAUGUCCUGAACACCCAACAGAUUAA